AUGGUGGUUUUAGUGGUCUUGCUGCUGGUGCUAGUACUAUUUUCUGCCAAGGCAUGGAAGGCCAACAUCGUCAAAUGCCGAGUCCAUAAUCCAUACUCUCCACUUCACAUGUAUCAUCAGUCAGGAGAUUUUAUCAUUGGUGGCAUUGCUUCUCAUGGUGGCUUCUUUUCCAGUUCCACAUCAUUCACUGAAGAACCCCCACCUGCAUCACAUGAAGAUCUUAUGGUGGUGCCUAAGGGUUAUCAGCACAUCUUGGCCUUGGCAUUUGCAGUCAAAGAGAUCAAUGAACACCCUCAGCUCUUACCUAAUCACACCUUGGGUUUCCACAUCUUUGACAGCUAUUCAUCUGCAGAGAAGACAUAUCAUGCCACAAUGCUACUUUUAUCUACACUGGAGAAAUUUGUCCCCAACUAUAUAUGUAAUAUCCAGAAUAAUCUGACAGCCAUCAUUGGGGGACUCGAUUCUGAAAUCUCCCUUCAUGUGGCCACUAUCUUGCAUAUCUAUAAGAUCCCACAGCUCACAUAUGGCCCUGCUCCUGUAAUGAAUGAUAAAAUCUCAGGACUUUUCUUCUAUCAAAUGGCCCCCCAGGAAAGCCACCAAUUUGAUGGGAUUCUCUCUUUGCUUCUGCAUUUCAGAUGGACAUGGAUUGGGAUAGUUGUGAUGGAUAAUGACAAUGGAGAGCGAUUUGUGCAAACUGUGCUCCCACUGUUUUCCAAAAGUGGUAUUUGCUUUGCCUUUCUAGAAAGAAUCGCCACACUUAGUUUUGCCACUGAAAGUUAUAACAGUAUACAACAGGGGUGGAGAAUACAUGACACAAUGAUGGGCAGCAAAGCCAAUGUAGUGGUUCUCUAUGGAGAAUCUUAUUCCAUGGUAUUUUUUAGAUGGCUUACAUAUCUGUCAGAACUUGAGCACAUGACAGUGAACAUAAAAGCAAAAGUAUGGAUAACAACAGACCAGAUUGAGUUCACUUCACUGGUUUUUCAACGGAAUUGGGGUUCAGGAUUGUUCCAUGGCACUAUAUCUUUCAGAAUCCACUUCAAUGACCUACCAGGGUUUCAUCACUAUGUUGAGAACAGAAAUCCUUCCAAUACUAAAGGAGAUGGUUUUAUCAAAGACUUCUGGCAACAGGCCUUUGACUGUGUCUUCCCAAAUACCAUUGUUGGGGAUGUAGAGGGGAAUAUUUGUACAGGAGAGGAGAAGCUGGAGAGCCUUCCUGCGGCUUUUUUUGAAAUGAGCAUGACAGGUCACAGCUACAGCAUCCACAAUGCUGUGUAUGUGGUGGCACAUGCUUUACAUGUGAUGUCCUCACCUGGGUUCAGACACAGAGGAAUCAUGCAUAGAGGCAGACUGAAGAAUCAGAAGCCACAGUUUUGGCAGCUCCACCACUUUCUGAGAAGUGUCUCAUUUAACAACACUGCAGGAGAUGAGGUCUCCUUCAACCAGAAUGGGGAGGUCGUGUCUGGCUUCGAUGUUGUCAACUGGAUUAUUUCCUGCAAUGAGUCCUUCCAUAGAGUAAAAGUUGGGAGGAUGGAUCCCCAGGCUCCCCCAGGCCAAGCAUUCACCAUUGAUGAAGAUGCCAUAACAUGGCAUGGCUGGUUUAAUCAGGGUUAUCCUCUUUCUGUAUGUACUGGGAGUUGCCAACCUGGAUUUAGCAAGAAAGUGAAGGAAGGGGAACCAUUUUGCUGCUACGAUUGCAUCCUCUGUCCAGAAGGGAAGAUUUCAAACAAGAAGGAUAUGACUGACUGUUAUAAAUGUGCAGAGGAAAACUAUCCAAACAAGAACCAGGAUGUAUGCAUUCCCAAGGUUAGGAGUUUCUUCUCUUAUGAAGAACCUUUGGGCAUCUGUUUAGCCUUCUUUGCUUGUUCCCUUUUCUUGAUCGCAGCACUGGUGCUAGGAACAUUUCUGAAGCACCGCAACACUCCCAUCGUCAAAGCCAACAACCGGAAUCUCACCUACACUCUCCUUACAUCCCUCCUGCUCUGCUUCCUUUGUGCUUUACUCUUCAUUGGCCAACCUGACAAGGUGACAUGUCUCCUUCGACAAACUGCUUUUGGCAUCAUCUUCUCAGUGGCUGUUUCUUGUGUGUUGGCAAAAACUAUCACUGUGGUUCUGGCUUUCAUGGCCACCAAACCAGGAUCCAGGAUGAGGAAGUGGGUGGGGAAAGGACUGGCCAAUUCCAUUGUUCUUUCCUGCUCCCUUGUUCAAGCAGGAAUCUGUACUCUGUGGCUAGCAACCUCUCCCCCAUUCCCAGAUGUGGACAUGCACUCAGUAACUGAAGAAACUAUAAUAGAAUGUAAUGAGGGCUCUGUGACUAUGUUUUAUUCUGUCCUUGGAUACAUGGGUUUCCUGGCAAUUGUGAGUUUCACUGUGGCUUUCCUCGCGAGGAAGUUACCUGACAGUUUCAAUGAAGCCAAGUUCAUCACUUUCAGCAUGUUGGUUUUUUGCAGUGUUUGGUUGUCCUUUGUUCCAACCUACUUGAGCACCAAAGGAAAAUAUAUGGUAGCUGUGGAGAUCUUUUCUAUCUUAGCUUCCAGUGCUGGGCUAUUGCUUUGCAUCUUUUCACCCAAAUGUUAUAUUAUUGUGUUAAAGCCUGAGCUGAACAACAAGGAACAGCUAAUAAUAAGAAAAGAAUGA